UGGGUGUUUCUAAUAAAGUGGCCAGUGUGGAAGGUGUGCAGGCGCUGACCUCGAUACCGGCUCGUCGCGGUUCUCACCUAGCACGACAAAAGAGGUGUGCGGGGUCACGUGGGCAAAUGAGCGCGCGCGCGAGGGGAGGGGGGAUCCGUGGCGCCUCGUGGUGAAGUGGAAACUGAAAGGAGGGCGAACCGCAGGACCGACGCGGCUUUUCUCCGGCGUGUUCAUGCGGGCCGCGCGGUGCCCGCUGUACGUGCUGUAGGCGUCGGCGCGGUCGGCGCUGCUCGGCGGGUCCCGGCGGUGUUUGGGAAUCGGAGCCGGUGCCGCUGCAGCCUUUCGCGAUCCUCGCUGCGGUGGGAGUCCAUUUCCGCUCCACAUCGGUUGUUCUUCCUGGUGGAGGAGGAGGAUAAAGUAGCAGCAGCAGCAGCGCCUCGGUCUCCAGCCCCCGAGCUCGUGGCAUGAUCCCCCCCAGGAGAUAACAGCUCGGCUUCAGGCGGUGAUCCAGACUGCGGCGCGCGCUGUCGUCGCCCGGCUCGCGCCCCUCGGCCGCGGGAGACGUUUGCGCGCGUGCAUUUUGAUGCUGGUUGUUGGGUGAAUGCAUGCAGUCCAAAAUGCCCGACUGCUGUGCCGCAGCGGACUGUGAGCAGAGCGCCAACCAGCCCGACAUCGCCUUCUUCGGGUUCCCUCUGGACCCUGAGCGAUGCAAACAAUGGGUGGGUAACUGUGGCAGACCAGACCUCCAGACUAAAACACCUGAAUACUUGCACAGAAACUUCAAACUUUGCUCGAAGCAUUUUGAUGCAUCUUUGAUACUCAAGGACAACGAGCUUAAGUCUAUUUUGAAGGAUGAUGCAGUUCCAACUAUAUUUAACUUCACAAUCAACAAAGACGUCACACAGAGGAGCAGCAGAAAAAGAACAAAACAUACGGUUGCUGAGGAUCCUGUCAAAGCAAAGAAGACAAAAGGUAAUAUACAGGCUGCGGUUCCACAGCAGACAGUGGAAGAAGACACAGGAGAGAACAGUGUGACACAAAAUCCUCCGUCGGAUGAACCAGAGAAGGAUGAUCCCGCUGCUUCUAAAGCCAAGGAAACUUUGAAAGUUUACUUCAAGGAAACCUUAGCUUUCACCGGCUUCAGCAUUGGCAACAAUGCUGCAAAGUCGAUGGGGAGUGGUCCUGUUGGACAGCUAACAGUCAACCCUAUCUGCGCAGAAAAAAUUGAUUCAAAAGACGUGCUGAAGUUGGGAGAGGAUGUGAUGCGCGAAGAGAUUCGUAACAGUUUGCGUUUGGCCCGCUUCUUCUCCAUUCUUCUUCAAGAUAAAACAAACAUAGAGGGCAAAGAUCAGGUCCCGGUGUUCAUACGCACUGUCACCAAUGACGGCUUUCCACAGAAGCACCUGAUGGGAUUUCUGCCCUGUGACGUAGACUCGGACAGUCUGUUCCACAUGCUAGUGUCUGAGAUUCGCAGCAAAUGGGGGCUGCGGAUGGAGCACUGUCGAGGUUUCACUUACUUGACGACAGGCGGCCUGUGUCAGAAGCUGAAAGAGCUUUCUUGCAGAAUGCUGAGAGAUUUCCCGCAAGUCGUUCUUGCGCCCAGUGACCCUUACGCAUUCAACAUGUGGCUAAUUCGUUCCCUGCCGGUGCUUCCCAUACAGGAUGUAGUUGAUACUGUAGAAGAAGUUGCUGCCAUGUUGAGGCAGUCUGAGACACUGAUGAAAAAACUACAUGCCAAGAUAUCAACCACAUAUGGUCACAUCAAAGGUGAGGUGGAUCGUGUAAAAGAGGCCUGCCAGAACAACUGGGAAUAUGGCACCGAUGCCUUCCAGACCAUGUUGGACAUUUUGGAGCCACUUCUGAACAGCAUAGGAGAAAUGUGCACCAGCGCUUUGUCGGAGGCCGACACGGCUAUCGUGGAACAGCUGCUCAAGCUGAAGGACAAGCUAAAGAAUUUCAACUUCAUCAUCUCCCUAGUGGUUCUGAAGAACACUCUGUGUUGCGUGAGCAUUCUGAACCCUAGCCUGAGAGGCAUAAUCAGCAUCAGCAGUACUUUGCAGUACACUAUUUCCAAUGCCUUAAAGCUGCUCAACAAACACUUGCAGGAGAUUCCUAUAUUCCACAGAAAGUGGUUCUCCGACGCAGUGGGUCGGGCCAAGAAGUUGGGAGUGCCAGUCACUCUCCCGGUGGACACUGCCACUAAUGGAGAUGGUGAGGCAAAACCCCAACCCUCAGCAGAAGAUUACUAUAGAGAAACACUGAGUAAGAUGAUCCUGCAGUAUCUCAUCGAUGAGGUCAAGAGGGUCCUGGGCAUUGAGAUGGUCAGAAUCUUGAGAUGGCUGUCUUUAGUGCCGUCGUACAUGGCUGACCACAAUUUCAGCAUCCGCAAAGACAAGGUGGCUGAUGCUAACCUGAACAACCUGGCACGCCCGGACUCCUUCUAUGAUGAGCUGGGCUGCUGGGAGGUGAAGUGGAGGCAUGCCAGCAAGCGGAGAAUCCUGCCCACCAGUGUCUUUGCCACCUUGAAAAUCCCAGACAUUGGCUUCUAUCCUAAUGUACAGAGCCUGCUGAGAGUUCUAGGUUCGAUUCCUUGUAUUAAUGCAGAUGCAGAUGUCUAUGGACAGUAUGACAUGGUGUUGGACAGAUAUCAUUCCUACAUGAAGGAGGUGCCAGUGGAGAAGCGACUGUGCAACAUGGCAUUUGUUUAUGUCAAUCAAGAUGUACACUUCAACAUUGAGGAUAUGGUGCAGUCAUAUGUGGAAAAUCAUCCAGACAUACUGCAGCUGCUUUGUAAGGACGAAGUGAUGGAAGUUCAACCUUCAGUAUCAGAAAACAAUGCAAAUGAUGCUUCAAAGGAAGAUUUGGAGGAAUCAAGAGAAAUGACCUUGGAUAUGGAAUUGGAAUUGGAGACACAGAAACCAGCUGAUUGCACAGGGACUGAUAAAGAGGCACUGAAGUCAGCUUUGCUGGCUGCGGUCACGGGAGCCUGCAACAGCCAAAGCAGGCAGUCUCAGGGAGGCCAGGAGGGAGAAGUAGAAUAUGUGACAAAAUCAGAAAUGAACGAAGUUUUGAAAGUAUGCGAGGACGUGGUACGCGAAGGGGUUCUUUCUGAGGUCGGAAAUUCUUUCUUCUCCCUGUUCAUUGAUCGGGCAGUGAGGUUAGGAGAAGGAGACUUUCUCCCCUUGUUUCUCAGGUUUGUGGACAGUUUUGAUGUCAUGCGGCUGGAGCUGCUGGGAUUUGUCGAUGCGAGCCUUGAUACGGAAUCUAUGUGUGAGCGUCUUUUUGACGUCGUCACCAAAGAGUGGCGUCUUGAUUUGAAAUACUGCCGAGGCCAGGCUUAUUUGGGUUCAGGUGAAGUCUCGUACAAGCUUAAGGCUUUUGCCUGCAAAGUACAAGAGAUGCACCCUCUUGCAAUAUGCACUCACUGCUCUUGCUACUCUUUUAAUACCUGGUGGUCAAGGUCUGUGCCUGUGGCCUCAGUUUGCCGAGCCAUUGAUACAUUAGAAAAGAUAGUGUUGUUUUUCAGCAGCAUGCCUGAACUGGAAAAGGAGUUGGACCAGGUCUUAGCUGUUGGUCUAAGGGAGAGCUAUGAGAAAGUCCACGAACUUCAAGGGACAUUUUGUUCCUCUUGGUUAGAGAAGCAUGACUCUUAUGACGUGUUUGCUCUGAUUCUGGAACCUUUAGCACAGUGUCUAGAGUCCUUCCAGAGCCGCAGUCCACAGAGUUGGAGUUUGUCUGUAAUCACCCAAGCCAAGAAACUCCUGCAACUGAUUCAGGACUUUGACUUCAUUGUAGCUUUAGUUGCCCUGAAGAACGUCUCAUCCUUCACCAGAGAAUUGAGUGCAGCACUACAGAAAGAUCAUUUUAGUGCUGCCUCACAGCUCUGCCAAAUCAGUGGCAUUGUAGCCACACUCAACCGAGUCAAGACCAACAUCAAAGUAUUCCACCAAAACUGGUUUGAUGAAGCCUGUGCCUUUGCUCAAAACUUGGGUGUGCAGAUUAAAGUGCCUGAUGGUGUAACCUUUCCAAGGGACAGCCUGCUAAAACCAGGCGGAUACUACAAAGAUGUAGUCAGCCUCCCUUUAGUUGACCACCUUAUCAACUCUGUCAAAGAUCAUUUCUCUGAUGACCACAAAGAGGCACUCAACUUCUUAUCUCUUGUCCCGUGUUCUGUGACCGUCAGCUACACUUUUGAAAGCCUGAAGUCAAAGGCUCCUUUAUAUAUCGGUGACCUUCCAGACCCUGACAACUUCUUCACAGAAUUGUCUUGCUGGAAAGUAAAAUGGAAGACCAAAGUGGUCUCUCCGACUAUACCAGACACUAUUUUUCAGACUCUUCGCUUACCAAUCAUGCAGUACUUUGCCAACAUUAACACAUUGCUGAAGAUCAUGUGUGUCUUGCCAAGCACUGCACUGGAAUACUGUGGGGAAGUGAAGCGCCAUAAAAUGUUUCAAGACUACUUGAGGAACACCUAUGCCAAGGACAGGUCUCCAUGUUUAGCCAUGCUGCAGGUGGGCGCAAACUUCAACAGGGAUCUGGACAGGAUGGUAACCCAGUGCUUGAAAGUCACUCCAAAAACACUGGAGGGCAUCUGCCUGGACAAAGAGUCUAAAAGUCUCCUGAGGAAUUCUGAAGUAAAGGAAGUAGAUAACCACAAAGAUGAGGUAGAAGAGAUGGACACUCAACAGAUCUUUCCCAAGGACAAAGCAUCUGAAAUAUUCCCAGAACAUAAUGAUGUGAAGGCAGAAGAUAACCACAAAUGUGCUAUAGAAGAAAUGGACACUCAGCCAGUGUCAGAAACACUUACGACGGAACAGCAGGUGAAGCCUUUGGAUGAGAAUGGCCACUUUGGCCAACCUGCGGACAAUCUUCAAAGCAGUGAGAGAGUCUUUAGAGUGGCUGCCAGAAUGGCCCGGAGAAACUGCAUGUUUUUAGAACUUCCAAAGGAAGAACAAGACUGCAUCAUUCAAGAGCUUAGCACAUGUCAUUGGAGCCAAGGGAAUAUUAAGUGCUUAUCAGAUGGGGAAAUACUGGAGAAUUUUGUUAAGUCCAUCAGGGAAACAAUCCUUUUUGAAGUUCAAGAGUCCCCAUUCUUUUCCAUUAUCACUGACAAAAUGGUAUCAGUGGAUGACAAGAAGUACUUCCCUGUCUUUGUCAGAUAUGUUGAUAAUUGCACACCUAAAGUGGAGCUGUUGGGGUUCUUGCCCUUUGAUGGCAGUGCUGAGGCAGAUGUUCAAGCCAAGACUCUUUCAGACACUCUCAAAGAGGAAUGGGGACUCCAGAUGGCCUACUGUCGUGGCCAGUCCUUCAUGUGUAUGGGUGCUAGUAGUCACAGUCUUAGAAAAAUGUCAUUGGACUUCUUAGCCAGCUAUCCUCUUGCCAUCACCACGCCUAGCGAGUCCUGUGGACUUGCCUAUUGGCUGGCUGUAAGCCUUCAUAAUGACCCCAUCACUAAGGUUCUUGGUGUGGUUGAGGACCUGUUACUUUUCUUUGAUCAGUCACCAAGACUGCAUAUUGAGCUUUCCCAGACUAUGGAGGGUCUCUUGAGUACUCCUCGAGAAGCUCUUGCAGAGGUCCCAGAGACCUGUUUGUCAAGAUGGAAAAAAGCUGAAGAUUUCUUUGACAUAUUGGUGGACAUGCUAGAGGGAGUUCUCAGUUGCUUGGACUCUGUUAGUAACAAUUCUAAUGGUUCGUGGAGUAAUAGCAUGUCAAUACAUGCCCUAAUCCUCUCUACUGCCAUUAGGGAGUCUGAUUUUGUCAUUCCUCUUGUGAUCCUGAAAAAUGCCUGUGCUCCACUACGUAAUUGUAGCACGGUGUUCCGUUGUGGAAAUCCAGCUGAUAUUAUGUGUGAGCUGGAGAAGAUCCCUCUUAUAGUAGAGUCCCUGAGUAACAUGCUGGAAAAUAUAAAUGCGGUGCAUGCUGUCUGGUUUGAGGAGGCAGCACAGAUUGCUGCUAAAGUUGCUGGAGGAUUGUCUUAUCCAGAGGCAGUGGGCAACUAUGAGGCACCAGAGGUGGGCUACAGAGAAACAGUCAGCAUACCUGUCCUGAGUGGUCUGAUUGAAGAAAUGAAGUUUAACUUUUCUGAAUGUCACCUGAAAGCCCUCAAGGUUCUCUCGCUGCUUCCAACCUGCAACCCUCUGCCUAUUCUUCCGGAGGCAACAGAUAAACUCUACACCAUCUAUCAAAGUGAUCUACCUGAACCAGACACAGUAGAUGAUGACAUAAAUACCUGGGCUGCUGCUUGGCGAGAAAAGUAUCAAGACAUCUCACCACCAGCCUCCAUCUCAGAGACUCUCCAUCAUCCUGAAGCUAAAAGUCAUCCUAAUGUUACCGCCCUCCUUAAGCUUGUGGCUGUGCUCCCCAGCAUUAGCAUGGAGUGUGAUUUAAUGAAGACCACUCUUAAUUCUUUGAGAUCCUUUCUCAGGAAUGACAUUGUCUGCAGGGGUAGUAAGACUGACACAGUAAUGCUCCUUAUGCAUCACAAGGCACUGCAGACUUUGGAGGAUGUGAUUGACCAGUGUAUGGAAAAUGACCCAGAGAGUCAUGAGUUUCUCUGUCAGAUGAAACGGAACGUCUCCACUAUGAGAAUGGACGGUGAAGUUAUUGCGUUUGCUUCAGAGGAAAUGGCCAUUAAGACUAAUGGUUCUGAUGGUUCUGGUGGUCCAGAGGAAGCACAGGACACAGCUCCAUCCAUCACAGAAGAUCAGCCUGAAACAUCUCAGUGUGACAAUAGAGAACUCAGUCCUCCUGCACCAUAUACCACUGUGACUCCAGAGGAUACUGCCAUAGAAACAGAACAUUCAGCUGCUCUAGAGAGGAUGCAGGAGUCAACAACUACACUUCUAGAUGGUAUUGAAGGUUCAUCUGCUGAGGCAGCAGGACUUCAGGAUGUUUCAGAGGCAACAGCCCAGGAUAUCAGGGCUGUUGCACUGGAUCUCACACCUGUAGAGCAAGGUGUCACAACAGAGACUGUACCAGAAGUGGCAGCUCAGAGUCACACUGCAGAGGCUCUAACAGAAGUUGCAGUCCAGAAUGUCUCCACAGAGCCCAUCACUUCAGCCAACGACAUCAGAGAAGCAGUGCAAGAUGUCCCCACAGAAUCUUACAGAGCAGAGGAGUUUGUCACUAUAAAUCUCACACCAGUAGUGCAAGGUCUCACAACAGAAGUUCUAAAAAAAGUGGACCAAAAUGACACUACAGAGUCUCCAACAGAAGAGACAGCCCAGGAUAUCCCCACAGAACCUGUGACAUCAGCCAAAGCAGUGCAAGGUGUCACAGAGGCUGUAACAGUGUUGACAGCGGAAGAGGUUACCACAGGGCUUGUUACAACAUCUGAGGUUGUAACUGUGGAACCUGCAGCAGCACAGGUUUCCACAGAAUCUGUAUUGGAACUGCCAUCUCGGGCUGUAGACCCUGCAACAACAGCCCUGAUUGUAACUUCAGAACCUGUUACAGCAGCUGCAGAUGCCACCCUGGAACUCUCAGCAACACAGGACAUCACCACAGAGCCUGUAAUGGAAGAAACAGUCCAGGAUGUCACUACAGAUCCUCAUGCUGCAGCAGAGGUUGUCCCCAUGGAGCUCACCGAACCAGCACAGGAUGCUGCCAUGCACCCUAUAGCGGAACUGGCAGCCCAGGGUGUAACUGCUGAGUUUGCAGUAGGUGACAAUCUCACUCUGAACAUUACAGAAACACAGGCCAUAACCCCAGAGCCUGUAGUAGAACCAGCAGCUCAAAAUGUUGCUGUAAUCCCUGUGAUGGCAGUCCAGAAUGAAACCACAGAGACUGUUAAAUCAGAUGAGGAUGUUCUGGAUCUAUCUGAGACAACCCAUAAUAUCAGCACAGAGGCUACUAUUGUUGCCAGUGUUUCAAAGGAACUUAUAACGACUGAACAAGAAGUGACUAAACUGGUCACAGCAGCUCAGGGGAACACCAUUGAGCCAGCUGUACCAGCAGAGUCUGCAAUAGUAGCAGCAGUUCAUUAUGUAACCACGGAACCUGAUACAGCAGCUGAAGAUGCCCCCAUGGAGCUCACAGAAGUAGCAUGGAAUCCUCCUGCAGAUUCUGUAAAAGAACUGGCUGCCCAGUUUGUAAUGAAAGAGCCUGAAACAGUGGCUGAGGAUGCCCCCAUGGAUCUUACAGAAGUAGCAGAAGCUGCUGCCACAGAGCCUGUAACAGAACUGGUAGCCCAGGAUGUUGCAGUAGAGCCUAUUGCAGCAGUUCAGGAUGAUCCCAUGGAUCUUACAGAAAUAGCAGAGGUUGCUGCCACAGAUCCUGUUAAGGAAGUGGUACCCCAGGAUGUUGCAGCAGAGUCUAUUACAACCGUUCAAGAUGAUCCCAUGGAUCUCGCAGAAAUAGCAGAGGGUGCUGCCACAGAGCCUGUUAUGGAACUGGUAGCCCAGGAUGUUGUAGCAGAGCCUAUUGCAGGAGUCCAGGACGAUCCCAUGGACCUCUCAGAAGCAGCACAGGUUGCUGCCUCAGAACCGGUAACAGAACUGGCAGCUCGGAACAUUAGCACAGAGCCUGUUGCAUCAGCUUUGGAUGUCACACUGGAUCUAUCAAAUACAACAAGUACUGUCAAUACUGAGGCUACUGUUGUUGCCACUAUUGUUUCAGAAGAGCAUGUAAACACUGUUUUGAAAGAUGUCACAGAGCCUAUAACGGCAUUCCAUGGGAUCACCACUGAGCCACAUGCAGAAGCAAGUUGGGGUGUUAGUGUUGCUUCCACAGUAGAAGUCCAAGAUCUAACCCAGAAGCAAGUAAAAAUGCAGGUCUCCCUGGAGCCAGUUAAAGAAGCACAGUGUGUCAUUAAAGAAUGUGUAGCAGAGGCACCAGAUGUUACCAUGAGACCUACACAGGCUCAAGAUGUGGCCAUGGAGCCUGUAACUUUAUUCCAGGGAGGCUGUACUGAGCCCACUGCAGUAAUUCAGGAUGUCGACAGUGCGCCUGAAUCAGAAAAAGUGAGCAUCGCUGCUAAGAGCACAUCAGCAAUCCAAAAUAUCUCUGCAGAGCUCAGAGAAGAUGUGCAAGAACCCACAGAACCCACAGCAGAAGCCCUAGAAAUCCCCACAGAACUCACAGCAAAAGGCCUAGAUACCCCAAGAGAGCCUAUAGGAGAGCUUAGAGCAGAUGCAACAUUUUGUACAACAAAACUCAUAGCAGGCACUCUAGAUAUCUCCACAGAGCCUAAAGUAGAUGUGCAAAAUUUCACCUCAGUACCCAUAGCAGCUGCCCUAGAUAUUUCUGCAGAAGUCUUAGAUGCCCCCAUAGAACCUGUAGCAGAGACAAGAACAGAUGUGCAAAAUGUCACCACAGAACCUGUAGCAGCCAUCCUAGAUAUCCCUACACAGUCUGAAGUAAUCUCAGAUACUGUUGCACUGGAAUCCAUAGCAGCACACCAGGGCAAGAUUAUUGAACCCAGUGUUCCUACACAGUAUGUCACUGUAGAGCCUGUGUUAGAAAGCCAGGGUGUUUCAAUGAAACCCAUAACAGCAGCCCCAGAGAUCACCACAAAGCCUGCAACAACCAUUCAGGGUAUUGUCAUGGAGCCCACAGCAGCAGUCCAAGGUGUUAACAUGGAGUCUCUUCCACCAGAGCAUCUCAACAACAUGGAAUCUGUUGAAGUUGCUACAGAGGAUGUAACGGCUACAGAGGAUGUGGCCAUGGAUACCACAGAAGUUGUUCAGGAUGUUGCUUCAGAACCCAUAGUAAUGGUCCAGGGUGUCCCCUCAGAAUCCAGUGUAGUAUCCCAGGAUGUUACUAUGAUCCCUGCUGUGACCUCUGAAAAUGUGACCAUGGAACCUGCAACAACAGUACAGGAUGUAGUUAUGGAGCCUGGGAUAGAAACCCAAGAGGUCUCUGCAGAACCCACAACAGUGGCACACAAUAUUACAAUGGAUCCUGAUGCAGACAUUGAGGAUGUCAACAAGGAGACAGUCACUGAAAUUCAGGAUGUUUCCACGCAUGCUACAGAAGGCCGGGAUGUCUCUGUGGAGCCCAUAGCAGCUGCCCAAGAUACAGAACUAAAAGCUAAAGGUGAAGAUGUUACCAAUCAGGCUAUUUCUUCAGCUGAGGAUGACAAUGGUCAGUCCAAAGUGCAUGCUCCCCAUGACUUUGAUGAGGCCAGCCCUGUAGGUCAAGAUGGCAAAGAUAGGCAGCCUGUAGUUCACACUCAAGAGAGUAUUUCUCAGGCUUCCAUAACAACUCAGUUUGUGAGUAGUCAAGCAUUGCCAAUUAAUAUAGACAAUAGUAAGACUGCAGGUGAGGGUGUUUCUAAACAGGCCGAAGUAACUGUUAAGGAUGGAACUGAUCAGUCCUGUCCAGUAUCUCAAGAUGGCCCAGCAGUAGGCACACAAGCAGCAGGUCAGGAUAACCUUCACCAGCCUUCAAUAGCUGCACCUGACAGCACUGCACCCCAUAAAGCAAUCUUGUCUUUCUAUGAUGGCUCUGCUCAAGUGGCGUUUCUCAAAGAACUUGCAAAUUCAAGGUACUUUUCCAUCAUAUUUGAUCAACAGGUGGAGAUUGAAGGCAAUCCAUAUAUUCCUGUGGGCAUCUGCUAUUUCGACGAACAGAUAUUGUAUGAGGAUACAUUAGCUUUUGUCCCCCUUGACAAGGACAUUAAUGUCUUCAUGGAUUCUGUGACAACAGCACUGUCUGAAAAGUGUGGAUUGAAUUUGGCUUUUUGUCGAGGGCAAAGCCUACUGACUGUAGGUAUUGCAGGUGCACAGGUGAGAGCAGUGGCAAAAUUGUUGUCACAGAGGUAUCCACAAGCUGUAUGCACCAUCAACUCAUCUGUCUCUCUGAACAUGUGGCUGGCCAGGUCAUCUACAGUGACUGAGAUAGCAGAGAGCUCCAUGUGGGUGGAGAAAGUACUUUAUUGGUUGACUGAGGAUGCAGAGAAACAGGCUAAGCUACAAAACAUAGUCAUGUCUUUGUUCCAACAGGAUGAAAGCAAGCAUGGUGAAUUGAGAGAUAAGCUAACUAGAAGCCAAUGGGAGAGGAGCCAUGACAUUCUGGAACUUGCAACAGAAAUUCUAGAAGCUAUCAUGCUCUGUCUGAAAGACAUUAAGGAAAACCAUGACAACCAGGCAGAAAUAACACAGGCUGUGGACUUCCUCUGCAUUUUCCAGAACUUUGAGUUUAUCCUGUCUGUUGUGAUAAUGAAAAACAUCUUGAGCCUCACCAAAAAAUUAAGUCAGAGUCUCCAAGGUGGACCACUGGAUUUAUAUCAAGCUGUGAACAGCCUGCCUGAUCUACUUUCCACUCUGAAUGAUGUGACUGCUAAUGUUGACAGUCAUCUUCAGACAUGGUUCCAAGAGGCAGUGGCACUAGCUUCCAAGUUGAAAAUCAGUGUUCACCACACUUUACAAGAACCCUUGUUUGUGCACUACAGGGAGGUUGUAAGCAAAGGAGCAAUAGAGCACUCAAUCAGUGAGAUAAGAGAGCUUUUCUCUGACUAUGUUCUAUCAGCCCUUCACUGCAUGCAGGUUGUGCCUUAUGUCAUUUCUAAGAUGGAAGGAUGCUGCACAGACACUAACCUUUUCAAGGUGUACCAGGAAGAUCUGCCUAACUGGAGCUCUUUACAGGUAGAGCUACAGAAAUGGCGGCAGAAGUGGCUGGAGAGCAUAUCUGCUCAACAACCCCUUCCCACUGGUGUUCUAAACACCCUCAAGGCCUCAGACAUAAAGUCUUUCCCCAACAUUGAGAUGAUCCUCCGGGUCCUUGCGGUCCUGCCCUGCUGCAGAGGAGAGGGCUUGAUCAGACAGGGAAAGCUGAGUCUACGGGAGUUUAUCCAACAGCCCCAGAGAACCGUACCUGUGCUGUAUCCUUUGUAGAGGUUUCCCCCUCAACUGCUCACAAACUAGCUUUUCAUUAGGGUGUCCUAUACUGCUGAAGUCCUCAGAGAGUGACCCACUGUAUCCACCUUUACUGUUCAAAUCUGAGCAUAGGUUUCAGUAGACUUUUUUUAUUAGAGAAAUGAUGUUAGACUUGUACACUAAGUAUAAUCUAAUAAUUGUAUGUUUUAUUAUUUUAUUCUGUCUUUUUUUUUUCCUUGUUUUUGAUGUGGAAUAAGAAAGAGGACUGCCUGUUGGGACCAAUGUCUUGCCAAAAAAAAAAAAAAAAAUUGCCCUUGGAGGGCUUUAAUGCUUUUGUGCCUUUAUGCAAAACACCCUGACUCUUGGAACAUGAGGCAUAGGAUGUCUGAAAAAAUUGCUUUCAAGCCAGGCUUUUUGGAAGCUUUCCAGCAUCUUCAGGAACUUUUAAGGAUUUUUUUUUUGUCAUGUAAUUCCUAUAAGAUAUAUUACAAGCAAGGACACAUUUAGGCAAGUUACCCACAUUUAGAUGAAUAAUCCAUUAAUUAAAAACAACGGCUGCAUCAUGUCACAAUGUCAUCCCAUGGCACAAAUUGAAAUGCUACGUUCCAUUGUUUGUCACUGUUUUAAUUUGUUUGCAGUUUGAUUUAGAUGAACUGAUUUCUGUAAACAUUCUCUCCGAAAAACCCUCCUCAAGAAGGAAGCAUUCAUAUAUAUUUGACUAAAAUAAACAAAUAAAAACAAUUUAAAUGAAAAA